AUGUCGCUUGACGACGUAUGUACACGAAUGGCCUACUACGUCUACACUUCAUUGGCCAAUGGCAACUUCAAACAUAGCCCAUCAUGGUAUUACAGUAUGCUGCUCACCUGCCAACAAGCCCUGGCAACUCAUCAGUAUCCUCGGCCUCAUACACCUUUCACUGUGGAACGAGAACUGGACAAAUUGUGUGAUGAUGUUGAAGAGGGAUUUCGCGAGGAGAACCAAAGAAAUUUGCGAAAAUUUGAUAAACGUAAUACGAAAUUCACAAAAGGAGGUGGCGAUAAAUUCGAGUGCCUCUAUCCAGUGGCUACAGAGGACAUGCUGAGCAAUCCAAUAUUGUUGACUGGGGUAUCUGGCAAUGUAGGCAUGUUCUUCAAACUGGUUGUCCAGAAAACGCAUAUGAUUGACGAGGAAUCGUGCUAUCAGGAUUGCAUAUGUUACUCAACUUCUCCCGCAACCCGAGCAAACGUACUCCACUUCGCGGCUGCACAUGGGAACGCUGAGUUGAUCAAGUCGAUACUCUAUCCUGAUGAGGAGCGUUUUCCAAAUGAGCAAAUACACGACCACUACAAUGAAUCGCAACUGUCCUUGGCCACCUAUUACGGUAACAAAGAGAUCGUGAAGGUACUGGUGGAUUUGGGACUCAUUAAACGGCAUCACUACCCUCAAGCGUUUCGUGAAGCUGCCAACGCUGGUGACAAUGAAAUGUUGUUGUGGUUAUGGGAUAUGUGUGGUAGAGAUGAGUCCUGUCUAGUGGAACAGGAUCAGAAACCCGGGAAACGAAUGAGUAGUCCACUGCAUUUGGCAGCUGCCGCUGGUCAUCUGAGAUGCGUCGAAUUCUUGUGUCAGAGUCAAGUUCUACGCAUGACACCGGAUGCUGUCGGGGAUUUACCCAUAAUCUAUGCUCUUGAAAAUGGCCACAUGGCGAUCGUCGAAUACCUUAUGGAAAAAUAUCCUACUGAAGUGCCUUACACCGCGAUGAAAUCGGCGAUCAACUGUAAACGCAAUAAAUUGGCCAAACAGCUCUUUCAUCAAAUGUUGUAUCAAAAGGAGAUAAUCAUAGAUUCUAAACCGUUGACGUUCGCUGUUGAAGUUGGCAAUUUUCACAUGGCUGAAUACAUUCUCAAACAGUAUUCUGCUACAGGAAAGGUAAAAUUCAAUUUUAUUCGGUGA